AUGCCCGGGAGCGUCGUCACCGUCCAGCUGGGGCAGUGCGGCAACCAGGUUGGCGCCGAGCUCUUCGACACCCUGAGCGCCGAGAUCGACGCGCAUCCCGCGCGCGACCGCGCGGGCAUCCGCCGAGCUUUCUUCCGCGAGCCGCACCGGGACGAGCACGACGCCGACGUCAGCGGCGCGUCCACGUCCUACAUGGCGCCGGUCGCCAGGGCGGUGCUGAUCGACAUGGAGCCCAAGGUGGUUCAGUCGUCGCUGCGACGCGCGAGAAAGACGGGCCGUUGGCGGUACGACGGCGACCGAACCCUCGCGUUCCAGUCGGGUUCGGGCAACAACUGGGCGCGCGGGUACCACACGUACGGCGACGCCGUUCGCCACGACGUCCUCGACCUCGUCGCCAAGGAAGCCGAGGCGUGCGAUCACAUGGGCGGCUUCGUGCUCAUGCAGUCCAUGGCUGGCGGCACCGGCGCCGGGCUGGGCGCGUACGUGGCGGAUGCGUUACGCGACGAGUACCCCACGUCGACGUUGAUGAACCACUGCGUGUGGCCGUACGAGAGCGGCGAGGUGAUCGUCCAGGCGUACAACACGCUGUUAACGCUGUCGUCGCUGCUCGACAGCAGCGACGGCGUCGCGAUCGUUCAAAACGAGGAGCUGCAUCAGACGUGCGUCAAGUUGCUCGGCGUGGAGAGGCCGACGUUCGGGGAUAUGAACGCCGUCGCCGCGUCGCAGCUGGCGGGGGUGCUGCUCCCGGCGGCGCGAAGGGACCCGGCGGGGGGCACGCCGGGCGGCGGAGGGUCCGGCAGGGGACUCGCGAACCUGCACGACUUGUCGAUGGACCUGUGCUGCCACUCGAAGACUCGGUUGCUUUCGCUGCGGCAAACGCCGACGAUGCCGCCAAAGAGCGUUGAGUUUACCACGUUCCAGUGGCCGUCGCUGCUGAAGCGAACGCGGCAGAUGCUGCUGACGGGGACGACGCUGGAGGAGGGUCUGGACUGGGGGUUAGAACCCGGGGCGGUGACUGGUCGGGCGGUGACUGGUCGGGUGGCGACUAAAUCGAUCGCGUCGAUGUUGUUUCUUCGCGGGCGAGACGCGGACGUUGCGGACGCGACGCCGAUGGCGGACCCGAGGCUCUACCCGACCUGGUCCCCGUCCCCGCUCACGGUGGCGUGGUCGCCGACGAGGUUCAACGGGUACGAGAUGUGCGCGACGACGCUGACCAACUGCCAGACGAGCUGCCCGCCGAUCGGGAGAAUGCUCGCUCGGGCGUAUCAGAUGAGGGACGCGGGAGCGUACCUGCACCAGUACGAGGAGCACGGCGUGGGGGUGGACGGGUUCGAGGAGGCGUUCGGGCGCGUCGAGGACGUCUUGGCCGCGUACAGGACUUUGUGA